CCCCAAUCCAAGCAGAAAAUCAGCACAAUGACCAACUACGACCAACCCAUAAUCGACAUAACAAACUACAUCUACAACCACCCCCUCGACCCCUCCACCCCCACCACCAAAUCCGCCCUCUCUGCAGCCCGAACCUCCCUCCUCGACGCCCUAGGCUGCGCCAUCCAAACCGUCUCCAGCAGUGCAGAGGCCCGCAACCUCAUUGGUCCUGUGGUGCAGGGAACGCAUGUGCCGGAUGGAUUCAGAUUACCCGGGACGAGGUAUCGACUAGAUCCGGUGAAGGGGGCGUUUGAUAUGGGUGUGUUGAUUAGGUAUUUGGAUUUUAAUGAUGCGAUGUGGGGGAAGGAGUGGGGUCAUCCUUCUGAUAACAUCGCCGCCAUCCUAUCCGUCUCAGACUGGCUCUCCCGAACCACCAAAACCAACAAACACACCGGCCCCCCGCUAACCCUCCAAACCCUAUUAAUUGCCAUAACAAAAGCCUACGAAAUCCAAGGCAUCCACCAACUCCACAACGCCUUCAACGCCCACGGCAUCGACCACGUCAUCCUCGUCAAACUCGCCUCCGCCGCUAUAUGUGCAUGGCUCCUCGGCCUCUCGCAGACACAAGCAAUGGCUACAAUCUCGCAUGUCUGGAUGGACGGGCAUCCGAGUCGUGUUUAUCGGUCUGGCAGUAAUACGAUACCGCGGAAGGGCUGGGCGGCGGGUGAUGCGUGCAUGAGGGCUGUGCAUCUUGCGUUGCUGGUUAGGGCGGGACAGGUUGGUGCGGGUGGUGCGUUGAGUGCGGUUCCGUAUGGGUUUUUGGAGAGGACGUUUGGUAAACAGGGGUUUGUGAUGGAGAGGUUUGGGGAGUGGGCGGUGCAGAAUGUGUUGUUUAAGGUUAUGCCUGUUGAAGGGCAUGGGAUUGCGGGGGUGGAGGCGGCGCUGGUGCAGGGUUCACGGACUAGGGAGAGGGGAUUGAGUGUUGAGGAGGAUAUUGUGAGGAUUGAGGUGCGUGCUACUGCUGCGGCGGAUGUGAUUAUCAAUAAGAAAGGUGUGUUGAGAAAUGCGGCGGAUCGGGAUCAUUGUAUUCAGUAUGUUAUUGCUGUUGCGUUGUUGAAGGGCAGCGCGCCGGAGGUGGGAGAUUAUGCAGAUGGGAGUUAUUGGGCGACAAGUGCGGUGGUUGAUUCUUUGCGCGAGAGGAUUGAGGUUAGGGUGGAUGAGGGGCUUACGAGGGAUUAUCUGGAUUUGGAGAAGAGGAGUAUUGGGGCUGGGGUGACUGUGUAUUUGAGAGAUGGGAGUGUGCUGGAUGAAGUGUUGCUGGAGUAUCCGAUUGGGCAUGUGAGGAAUCCGGCGACGGGGGAUGCUGUGAGGGAGAAGUUUGGGAGGAAUAUGAGGGGUGUGUUUUCGGAUGAUGAGAUUGAGGGGAUUCUUGAGGCUGUCAAGAUGGAUAAUUUGAGGAUUUCAGAUUUUCUUGAUUUGUUUGCAAGAGACGCGCCGGAGUCGAGGUUGUAGGCUGGCCAUAAGAAGUUCAAAACAAUGAGAAAGUCAUAUCCAGCCCGCCAGCAGACUAUGUCAUAUUGCCUGUUAUGUGGUAUAUCCAAGAUUAAAACACUAUGAAAAUCAGCAACGCCAUAAUAACAUGGUCAACCCAUCUUUCCAACGCCUUGCAAGGUCAAGUAAACAUCAGUUCCCCAUCCCCAGAGACUUUGGAUAGCAAUGCUACCUCCAAAGUACUCUGCAUAUGCUCUGCUCAAAGGCAAACC